AUGUUUAGAGCCAUGAGCACUAGGAAGAUCCACGGCGGCUACGAAAAGCUAGGGGAAGAAGAACCUAGUCUGAAGAGGGUCACAAGCGUUCCAGGUAGUGUUUAUGGUAAUUCAAGAAACCCGAUUCAAGAGGUGAAGAAGACGCCGACGGUGAAACCAACCAGUGGUUCUGUUCAUCCUUUGCUAAGUUUCUUCGACGUUCGUUUCCAAAAGAAGAAGAAGAAGACAACGAAGAAGAACUUGGCGACGGCAAAACCUGAGUUUGCUAGGUAUAUGGAGUAUUUGAAGGAAGGAGGUGUGUGGGAUCCGAAUUCUAAUGCACCUGUGAUUCAUUACAAAUAGUUUGGAUGAAAGGAAGAUGAAUAAAGAUGUUUGUAUAUUGUUCUUUUAAUAUAUAUAAUCUAUGAGGAAACAAAAAACAACUAGUGAUCUGUUUUAAAGGAUGGAUUCAACUAUGAAUUUGUCAUGUUUUACGAAUUACCUUUUUGGUUAACUGUAUUAAAAAGUUGAGAGUGUUUAGUGUACUUUCAAUGAGCUCAAGAAUAAGAUAAAUUCAAGAUCCAUGAGCUUAUUAUGGCCAAUAACUUGGUUUUGAUUUUGAUUUUG